CGCGCAACGGGGACGGGGACCGGGCUGGCCUUCCUGGGAGGACACGGCGUGGCGCCGACUCGAUCGAGCUUCUCCGGGGCAGGGCUCUUGGCCGGCCGGCCGUCGGUCCAGGUUUCUCCCCGCCGAGCUCUCCGGAAUACCCAGAAGUUGAGGUCACCAUGGCAGGACUCCAGGUGGACACCCAGGCCAGUGUAGACUGGCAGAAGCGCUGCCUGACCCUGGAAACACAGCUCCUCCGAUUUCGCCUCCAGGCCGGCAAGAUCAGGGAGCUGCUGGCUGACAAGAUGCAAGAACUGGAGCAGAGGCUGCUGGAGGCUGAGGAGCGAGCGGAGAAGGCAGAGACCCAGGUGGGCGUGAUGGAAGAGAAGGUGAAACUGUGCAGUCUUAGGAACGUGGACUCCGCAGGCAGCCUGCACCGGAAAUACCAGGAGUUGUUGAAAGCCAUGCAGGCCAAGGUGGAGCUCAUCGGCCAGCUGGAGGCACAGCUGGAGAAGCAGAAGCAGAUGCGAGCUGAGGAAGCAAAAAGCGUUCAAAAAAAAGCUGCAAAGAUCAAGGAGUGGGUGGCGCUGAAGUUGACAGAGCUUGAGAUGGAGAACCAGCACCUGAAAAGCUGUAAUCAGCACCUGAUGGAGCAGGUGGGCACCCUUCAGGCUGCGCUGGAAGCCCAGCAAGUGGAGCCCCCGGGGAGGCUGCUGGCAGCUCCUGAGGGAGCCUCAGAGCCAGAGUCUACACCUGCAGAGCCAGGAACCCAGUCUGUGGGGCCGGACAAUGGUUCCCAGGCCCUGGAUUUGAGAGUGGUCACUCCUGCACCUUCUCUGGAUGCUCCCGAGGGCAAAGGCUUUCUGUCUGAGGCCAGCAGCCCUGCAGAAGGUUCUAAUUCCAGGCCAUUCUAUCCUGAGGAAAGGGCAGAGGCCAAGGUGCUUCUACCCCACGUGGAACACGAGCACUUUCCCAGCCAGCUGUGCCCAAAGCCCGGAGCCCCCAGACCUGGCUCUGCCUCCUGGGGGCAGGGCCUGGUCACUGCUCAGGAGAGGGUGCUCUCUGGCAUCAAAGCCUCUUCCCGGGAAGGCGGCCCUGGCAGCAGUUUGACGCUUCCAAAGUUGCGGGCUCCCAACCUUCCCCAGGACAGUGUCCAGCUCACCAAAAGGCACCACAGUCAGCCCCACAUCGGACCCCGGCGUUGUGAGGAUGUGGUGGGUGUUGACACUGGGGCUUUGUCCACCCUCCGCCCAUCUGGCCUUUCGAAGCCAGAGACCUGUGCUGACUUCCGGGAAGAACCAGAGAAGAUGGAGAUGGGGGAGCUCCCUGCAGCAAGGAAGGAGGAGGAACAGGAGAGCCUGAUGGCGCCCAGCACUCAGUUGGCAGAAGGGAAGCUGGGGAACAAGCCACCCCCACCACCCCUGCACCGGUUUCCCUCCUGGGAGAGCCGCAUCUAUGCUGUGGCGACCUCAGGCAUGCAGGUGUCAGAUGUUUGUCCACGAAGCAGUGCCGCUUGCUCUGCUGCAAGCCCUCCUGCCCUUGUGUGCCCUGGCCCUUUCUCUGGCCUUGUCUACAAGAAGGUCACCGUGCCGGUCUACACAGCACUGAAAGGGAAAGCCACACAGAUCAGCAGCAUGCCCUUUGGGGACGAGUCCUCGGGCUCUGAGGAUGACUGCAGCUCUCUGGUGAGCUUCCGGGUGUCUGUACCCUGCUCUGAGUGCAGGAAGACCAGCAGCCUGGGCAGCCCUCGGGCCAUCAAGAGAGGAGUCUCCAUGUCCUCGCUGAGCUCUGAGGGUGACUACGCCAUCCCUCCGGACGCCUGCUCACUGGACAGUGACUACUCUGAGCCCGAGCACAAAAUGCAGCGCACCUCCUGCUACUCUGGCGGGCUGGGCCUGGGCACGGACUCACUGGAAAAGUCAGGUUACCUGCUGAAAAUGGGGAGCCGCGUGAAGACAUGGAAGAGGCGCUGGUUCGUCCUGCGACAGGGACAGAUGAUGUACUACAAGUCCCCGAAUGAUGUGAUCCUGAAACCUCAAGGUCAAGUGGACCUGAACUCUCAUUGCCAAAUUGUUUGUGGGGAGGGUGCACAGACAUUCCAGCUCAUCUCUGAGAAGAAAACCUACUACCUGAUGGCCGAGUCGCCUAGCCUGCUGGAGGAGUGGAUCUGGGUCCUGCAGAGCCUGCUGAAGGUGCAGGCCAUGGGGCCUCCGGCCCUGCUUCAGGAGGGCGCCAAGCCCGUCGUGAAAGGCUGGUUGACUAAGGUGAAGCACGGCCACUCCAAGCUGGUCUGGUGUGCUCUUGUCGGGAAAACCUUCUACUACUACCGGAGCCCCGAGGACAAGCGCCCCCUGGGCUGUUUGCCUGUGCAAGAUGCGCGCAUUGGGGAAGUAGACGAGGACUGCGAGGCAGAUGAGGACUGCGAGGCAGCUGCCGGCCGCUGGCCUUCCUCGCCCUGCACACUGGUGAUCCAGCCACCGGGCCGCAGCCCAACCUACCUGCUCCUCAGCAGCAAGCAAGAGAAGGAUACAUGGCUUUACCACCUCACAGUGGCUGCGGGAGGCAGCAGUGUCACGGUGGGCACCGCCUACGAGCAGCUCAUUGGGAAACUGAUGGAUGGUGAGGGAGGAGACCCAGACUCCCCACUCUGGAAGCACCCCAUUCUGUGCUACAGCAAGGACGGGCUGUACACCUCCCUUACCACCCUGCCCUCAGAGGCCCUGCAGACAGAGGCCCUCAAGCUCUUCAAGUCCUGCCAGCUCUUCAUCAACGUGCCUGUGGAGGCAGCCUCGGUGGAUUACCACGUGUCCCUGGCACAGACUGUGCUGCAGGUCUGUCUGGUCCACCCCGAGCUGCAGAGUGAGAUCUACUGCCAGCUCAUGAAGCAGACCAGCUGCCGCCCUCCUCAGAAGUAUGCCCUUAUGCAGUGCUGGCAGCUCCUGGCCCUGUGUGCUCCACUUUUCCUGCCUCAGCAUCACUUCCUGUGGUACAUCAAACAGCAGCUCCAGCGCCAUGCAGAUCCCAGCAAUGAAACCGGCCAGUAUGCCACCUACUGCCAGCGGGCUGUGGAGCGGACCCUACAGACGGGGGAGCGGGAGGCCAGGCCAUCACACAUGGAAGUGGUGUCCAUCUUGCUGCGAAACCCCUUCCACCACUCCCUGCCCUUCAGCAUCCCUGUGCACUUUGCCAACGGGACGUACCAGGUGGUUGGUUUUGAUGGCUCCUCCACAGUUGACGAGUUCCUCCAGCGGCUGAACCAGGAGACAGGCAUGAGGAAGUCAUCCCACUCUGGUUUUGCCCUCUUCACAGAUGACCCUUCCGGCAGGGACCUGGAACACUGUCUGCAGGGGAGUGUCAAGAUCUGUGACGCCAUCUCCAAGUGGGAACAAGCCUUGAAGGAGCUUCACCCUGGGAAGUCUGAGGGGGGAACACGCAUCGUGAAGCUGACGUACAAGAACAGGCUGCACUUUCGGAGUCAGGUCAAAGGGGAGACGGAGCGGGAGCGGCUGCUGCUCGCCUAUCAAACCAAUGGAGAAAUAGUGGCAGGGAGGUUUCCAGUCAGCAAGGAGCUGGCCUUGGAGAUGGCUGGCCUGAUGGCCCAGAUAGAAUAUGGGGACAUGGAGAAGCCUGUCCUACCAGGCCCCGGGGGCACUCCGCCCUCCAAAGCCCAGCAUCUCCUCCAGCAGGUCCUAGACAGGUUCUAUCCGAGACACUACAGGCUUGGUGCCCCUCCCGAACAGCUGAGGCACCUGGCAAAUAUGCUGGCCAUGAGGUGGGCGUCACUGCAGGGCCGUUCCUUGGCUGAGUACACUCGCACCUACCUGACCGUAGCCCGGAAGUGGCCUCUGUUUGGUGCCAAGCUCUUUGCUGCUCAGCCUGCCCCAUCGUCGUCCAAGGAGAACACUCUGGUGUGGAUUGCCAUCAAUGAAGAUGGAGUCAGCAUCCUGGACCGCCACACCAUGCAAGUGCGCGUCACUUACCCCUACUCUUCAGUGACAACCUUUGGUGGCUACAGGGAUGACUUCAUGCUUGUGAUCAGAUCCGUUCCAGACCAGAGCUCUGGCAAAGGCCACAUCGACAAGCUCAUCUUCAGAAUGGCUGCUCCCAAGAUUGCAGAGGCCACCUUCAUCAUGGCCAGCUACAUGAACCACUGCUCUCCAACUGCACGCCGCUCGCCUGCCAAGCUGCCUGCUGCACGCCGGCCGAGGGAGCUGGACGGAUGACAGUGUGCUUCUGUUUCCUGUGCCACCAAGAGGCCAGCAUUGCUGUGAAUGUUUCUGUUACCUUUCCCCACCAGCACUGGUGCCUCUAGGAUUAGAUUUAUAUCCUAGGGUUUCGUACUACUGUGAUGGUUCUGACAGCCCUCCACUGCCACCUCUACUCUCCAGGCAUGGUGUGGUGUAUCAGGGCCCAACCUUCGUGGAUUCAGACCCAGUGUAAGAACCACUCUGCCUUUUUUUUUUUAAACAAAAAUACUGACACUGAAUGGUACCUGAUCCUAGACACAGACAGGGACGGUCCACUGAUCCCGAGGGCUCCAGUGCUAUACUUGAGGCUUUUUGCACUGAUAGUCUCAGGGGAAGUGAGAUUUUUUAAUUUUUUAUAUUGUAUAUGAUCCUUAUGUGGGGAUUUAUACUUGAAGUUUCCUGCGUAUCUCUAUACGGAACAGGACAACUCUGACAAAAGUGUAGCACUCACUAAAACCGGACUUCUUUUCCUACAUGGGAAAGGUGGGCAGGGCUGGAGAAAGGGGAUGGAAUAAUUCUUCCCCUUUACUGGGGAUGGCUGCUGCAGUGGCCCUUGGGGACAGUAGCUUCAGUCCCCAAGGCACAACUCUGCCUGCUCACAUUCAGGCUCUCCCUCACACUAGACUGGAAGCUGACCCCAGAAGCACUGUCCAAGCAAGAACAGACAGGUGCAAUCCGGCUUCUCCCUGCCUCGCUUUCAUGCUCGGACAGGGCUCUGGGAAGUCUGUGCUCCCCUGCUGCAGGACAGGGUGGCCGAUGUCUCCUGGCUCUCUCAGAGCCAAAGCAAAUGCCCUCCACUGCUCUACGAGGCUAGUGAGGGUGAGUCAGGAACACAGAAGACGACCCCAGGCCACCUCCCUCAGCCGGGCAGGCUCCUCGAGGCUUCUGGUGACCUGGGAACCAGCUGGGUGCACAGGUGUGUGUGACAUCGUCCCCAGCCUGAGUACCCCAUGAAAGACGUAGACAAACUUUUUCACCUUUUGCCUGCUUGAGAACAUCAUGAUGUUCCUCAACUCCGGUGUUCUGAUUGAGUGUGGGGAAUGUGAUAUUUAC